GUGGUUGCGGAAGUGAGAAGUCUACGUGGGGAAGAAAGGUUGGUCCUGAGUGUGUUUGAACCGUUUGAACACCUUGCAGACAAACUGCACUCAUGUCCAAUCCAGGCCGUCUGCGCCCCAGUCCAACGAGUCUCCCUCCUCCCCUAAGUUAAGCAAAUGGACGCGCGGAGCCGCGGCCCGGGGGCGUCUAGAUGAGCGGGGCGGCCGGGGAGGAGGAGCGGUAAUGCUGCGCCGGGCGCGGCGGAGUCUCCGGCAGGUGCUGCUCGUGAUGGCCCGCAGACCCGAGCUGCUGUGCGGGGCGCUGGGGCUGGGCGUGCUGCUGCUGCUGGCGCUCAGGCUCACAUGCGGCCGUGCUAAGGAUGUGGUGGCAGCAGCUCAGCCUCCUGUGCGGUUCUUCUCUGCUGAUGCACCAAUAGUGGAUCUCUACUUGGGUCAACUAGAUCAGGUAGAGCGUCUCAGGAGCAUGGCCGAGGUGUCUCUUAUUUUCUUCUAUGCUCCGUGGUGCGCUCACUCUAUGGCUGCCCGGCAGGAAGUGCAUCAGGUUGCUACGAAGCUAGCCAAACAGGUGCAGUUUGUGGCUGUGAACUGCUGGUGGAGUCAGGGUAAAUGCAGGAGACAAAACCGCCUCUACCAGUACCCCGUCAUCCAUCUGUUUUACAGGAGGUUUGGACCAAUAGAAUACAGAGGUCCAUUUGUAGCUCCGUAUGUGGAAAGUUUUGUCCUCAGAGUCAUCACACCACUGACGUACCUCCCGUCAAGAAUACACCUUGAGGAGUUCCUCUCCUGUCAUGAGCCUCGUGUCGUGGGUUUCUUCCAGUUUAACUCCUCUCCACAGCCACCAGGGUACAUCACAUAUCUGUCCUCUGCCUUGCAGGCCUUAAGAAGGGAUUUCCACGGUGUUGUGCGCUUUGGAAUCGUGACCAGCAAGCAUGUGGCGGAGGCCAUCGCAGUUCAAGAGGAUGAGACUGUUUACCUGCACAGAAGAUUUAACUCCUCUGUGGUUUUCCCUCGAAAGAAGCGUAACUUUACCUCAGAGGCCAUCUGUAGCUGGGUGUUCGAACACCAAGAGACCGUCCUGCGCUGGCUGCACCCCCCAGGAACAAAGUCCCGUUUAUUGGAGCGAGAGCUGACAAAAGGCCCAGCGCUGCUGCUGUUCCUGCCACACAACCCACUGGGAUCUGAACCAAGUCCCGUACUCCAGCAGGUUGCUGAUAUUGCUGUGCGGUAUCAUUCCUGUGACCAUUCCAGAUGGGAUAAGAGCUCCACCUCCCUCCCCCCCUGCUGCCAGUCAGUUGUUCUCCCAGAUUCAAGCACGAAUGUGUGCGAGGUUUGCCUCAGCUUGUCGUGGCCGAGCCUCCCCACCGCCUCCCAUCACUGCUUGUUCCCUUCUGUGACACAGGGGGCAGACGUUUUGCACACGUAUCUCAGAAACUGUUGUCUCCACCAACUACCUUCUUCCAUCACCAUGAAAACUGCAACCUCAGUGAGCUGCACCAAUUUUCUGAACAGCUACAGUCCUUUUAGUCAAUUCAGUGCCUGCUGCAGAAAAAUAGAACGUCAGCUUAACGAAUCACAAGCCAAAGAGGAGCCAGACGUUCAAAGAGCUCACCUCACACCUCCUUCCUCCUUCAUCCCUCCAACCUCUAACCCUCAGCUGAACAGAGACGGCAUCACAGGGCUAAGGUGUCAAACCAACAGGACACUCAGGUUUUAUGUGCUGGAUGUUGCUCUCAACUGGCCUUUGGCUGUGAGACUUGGAGCAUCAAGCAACAGAAGUGCUUUCCAGCACCCAGAGGCUUCUUCACAAGGCGACGGGUCCUUCGCAGCUAUCGUGAACCUAAAGGAUGAGGUUCAUUAUGUUCUCCAGCGCAGCCCAGCAGCCACACUGACAGAGUCUCUGGAGGCCUUCAUCAGGAACUUCAGUUCUCCGUACAGCUUCUUGCAGAGACACUUGGUUGGAGAGGAGGACAGGAAGGGAAGUGAAGAGGAUGCCAGGCAUCCAGACAAACACCAGCACUCUCCUCCACGCGUCCUCAUCACAGAGCUGACUACUUCCUCUUUCCUGUCCUCUGUCAUGGACCUUCACAAGGACGUGCUGCUAUUUUACUACACUCAGUGGUGUGGGUUCUGCUCUGUUCUGAACCACGUUAUCGUUCAGCUGGCAAGAUUAUUGCAGGGAAACAGCACCAUCACCGUAGCCAGGGUGAAUGUGGCCCGUAAUGACCUUCCGUGGGAGUUCAUGGUGGAUCAUGUUCCUUCAAUACUUCUGUUUCCCAAAUACAGAAAACAUCUUAGCGUGAAGUAUCCUGACCACCUCCCGAUCACGCUGCCCAACCUCCUCCAGUUCCUCCUGCAGCACUCUGGCUCUGACCAAAACACAGACCAACCAUCUGCUGAAGCUCCGGAGUCGGGUGCCAGUGCCAUCCUCCACAAAGAAUUUCUGACUCUCCAGCGGGAAGUACAGUCGCUGCAUCACGCCCGCGAGCGUCUCUCCCAACAGCUGGCGCAACUCUGGCGUGACAACCGACAGCUAAAGUUUGGGGUUCGCAGCAGUGAAGAACGGUUGGAAGCGCAGCACCGGGAGAAAAGCCGGCAGCUCAGGGAGGCGGUGAGGCGACUGCAGGAGCUAGCAGACACCUCUGAAACCCUGCUAAAUGAAAACACGCUGCUCAGGGUCCUGCUGAGGGCGCUGAAGGACAGGACAGAGGCUAAAGAGCACGGUGAGGUGGACAGAAAACACACAGAGAAAAGAACAGAAACAGAAGAACAGAAAAGAAGCCAUCUAGCCUCCUGAGUACAAGUCUGCAGGGGAUGAUAUAAAUGAGAGGAGGAAACUGGGCCUGGAAAUGAAGGAAGACCCGGACUGGAGGAGGAAACAAAAGCUGUGACAUGAUGGGAGGAUUCUAAAUCUCAUGCAGGAGGUCACGUAAAGCGCGCAAGGGGAACAAGCCAGUUCACGUCCUGUUGAGAGAGAAGGAGGAUGUGAUGAUUAACACGUCUUUAAGCUUUAUCUUAGUCAGGACCUAAUAGAAAAAGCUCAAGAGAAAAGGUGGAUAAUUGAUGCAGUGAAAGACAGAGCGUUAAGCUUUUCCACUGAUGGAGACACUAGUUUGGUAAUUCAGUCCUAACUGUCCGAUUAAAGCGUCUCAAUUUGUAUGCUUCCUUUGCAGGAAGUGGGUUUAAGGGUGAAGAAAUUGUAAUCUUGUGCCAGGGUCAAAGUCCAAGAAUAAUAAAGACUUGGAGAGAAAAUUGGUUGAUAUAGCUCAUAGCCAGUAACUGGCUCAGAGAAUUAACCUUUAAUUUGUGGACUUUCCAGCACUAAUUCCAGUUAUUUCUUUUCAACUUUCAUAUCAAAAGCAGUGCCAUUAAAGGAAAGAUGUGUUAAUUUUGUUUGUUGAAGUGUAUUGUUUCUUUCAUAACAACUAAAGUGGGACAGUUUAAUGUGGGUGUGCAACAAGAGAAAGUGGAAAUUAUACUAAAAAACGGAGGAAGUGCAGAACAAGACAAAGUCCUGGUUCUCCUGCCUCUUAGGUGAAUGAAGGGUCAGGGCUUUUUUAACGGCACCUAGUUUGUGUUCAUCACCUGCCCGAGAAUUUAAUGUGUGCUGAUGUUUUAUUUUCUGUUUUUUGAGUUACAUUUGUACUUAUUUUCAGCUGCAUUGGAAAUGUCUUUGUUUUCUCUCAUUUCCAUACAAGAUUUCCAUACAAGAAUCAACACAUUAGACACUUCUGUGCUACAUGAUUAUUUUUAAUCUAAUUUUCCUUUCUGAUUAGGACCAGGCUGCACAGACCUUCCUUGUAAUUUGCAGUAAAGAUUUUCCUGGAAAUGAGUGAAUGAAGCUGAGAAACAGCACCUGCUCACACGAUGUUACAGUGAGCUUAAAAAAAACAUGGAAGUAACUUUCUUAAUUUAAGGGUUUGUUAAUGGGUUCGCUACACUGAUCUAUUUUUACAGACAGAGUCACUAGAAUAUUUCUAUGUAACUAUUCAGGUAUUAAGAUUGAGAUGCUGCAAUUGUUUACAUGUGAAAUAUUGCACCUGUUUUUACUGAUUAAAAAAUUUUCAUCUUA